AUGGCCUGCCUCUUCGCGUACCGUCACGACGAGGAGGCGGAGGCGGCAGAGAAGGCGGCAGCGAAGGCGCUCGAGGCCAAGGGGCGGCGCGAGCAGCGCGAGCGGGAGGAGGCGGCGGCGGCGCGAGAGCGCGAGCAGGCUGCGCGCCGGCGCGAAGCAGAACGAGAGGCGCGCGAGGCGCGCCGGGCGGCGGAUGCGGCGGCGCUGGAGGAGCAGAGGCGGGCGAUUGCGGCGGAGGCGGAGGCGAAGCUGGUUGCCGAGCGAGCGGCAGCAGAGGAGACGCUGCGGGCGAGGGAGGCGGAGAGGCGAGCAGCAGAGGAGGCGCAGCUUGCGGAGCAGCGGGUGGCGGCGGCGGCUCGGAAAGCGGCUCAGGCAGAGGCGGAGCGGCGCGAGAAGGAGGCUGCUGACAAGAGGGCGGAGGAGGAGAAGGCGAAGCGGCGCGCAAAGGCGGCGGAGGCGGCGGCGGCCAGGAAGGCGGCCAAGGAGAAGAACAAUAAGGCCAAGAAGGCGCCGUCUGCCUGCACGCUCGAGGAGGAGCGGAGGGCGCGGGCUGCGGCAGAGGUUCGCGCACAGGAGGAGAGGGCGGCGCAGCUGGCUGCUGAGCAGGAGGCGGCGAGGCGGGCGGAGCGUGAGGCGGCUGAGCUAGCGGGUGCGGCGGAGCAGGCGGCGCUGCGCGAGGCUGCGGAGCUGGCAGAGGCGUUGCGCCGGUCAGAGAUAGAUGCGGAGGAGGAGGCUCUGGCGCGUCGGGUGUCGCGGUGCGAGGAGGCGGUGAGCAGCGAGUUGACCGGCGGCGGGGACCUGAUGCGGCGUGUCGAGCGGCUGGAGGCGAGCCUCGGCGCGGCGAUCGAGGGUAGCCUCGAGGAGCGGGUCGGCGCCAUCGAGCGCUUGAUCGGGCCAGAGGCGGGAGAGGCGGCGGAGCAGCAUCUGCCAGUCACCGAGUCGCUUGCUGCCGUCUCGCUCGCGGACGCCGGCCUCGACACGGGGCGGCCGGCUGCCCCCGAGUCCACGAUGGGGGGCGAGACCACGUGUAUCGUGUGUUUCGCGAGAGUCAAGUCGCAUGCUGCGGUCCCGUGCGGGCACCUGUGCGCUUGCGGGCCAUGCUCUGAGCUGAUGCAAGAGUGCCCGUAUUGCCGCGAGCCGGUGGACCGAAAGGUCGCCGACCUGAUCACGGCUGCCGGCGCCUCGGCGCCGGCCGACGCCGUGUUCGGCGGCAGGUUCGCGACGGGCGAGGCGCCCCGCCCGACUACCUCCGCCUCCGAGGCGGACGAGGGCGACGGCGUCGGCGGCGAUGGCGGGACCGGCACCCACUUUGACCUUUUCGAGCCGGACGGACCCCACCCCCAUGGAGGACCUCUGAGGAUAGCACUAGCAUAUGCGCCUAGUGCGCACUGGGCCCUCAUAGAUGUGACCCGCCCACUCGAGUGCGGCGCCCAGGUGCUAGUGCUUGAGAAGACACCACAAACGCGGCACGGCCCAUUUUGGCUGUCUGCGGAGAUUCUGUCUUAG